AUGCCGUCAGCUGCACCACCACCGGCGAUUUUCGAGCUUGGAAAAAGGAUACCAAGAAAAAAGAUCAAUUUAAUAGUUCCUGAAACGCGGCUAGAGCUUUGGACAAAAAUGGAACCUAAAGGGCUACUUUCGGCUUAUUUGCAAUUAUCCAAAUCAAAGCUGACUAUGCUGAUCACGUCCACUGCUGUUGCUGGCUUUCUUAUGGCACCUGUAACUAUAUCAGUGGUCCCUCUUGUGGCAUGUGCGGCAGGUUCUUUUUCUUAA